AUGUCAGUCUGUCAUGUUUUAAUCGCUGUUCAAGAUUGGUUCACGGACUAUUCGUUUAUAAGGUACAUCCAAACAGCGGAGAUGCUAAAACCAUCGCUGUCAGCCUCAAGUGCUAAUCAGGAGACAGAAUCCCACUCUUCAGGGGAAUCUCAUCCGCAUCUCUUACUCUUGCAUAAUAGGUGUAACCUGGAAGAUUAUCUGCCUAACAGCGUCAAGAGCAUGCAGGAUUUUUAUAGGCAAGCGUUUCAAAGGUCAAACCUGCAAUUAAAUUCUGGAAUGUACCUAUACAGUGAUAGCAAUAAAAACGGCAACAACAUUGACAGUAUCAGUAAAGCAUAUAGCGUAGAGAUAUGUGGUCGUCCUAUUAAUUUGUUCCUAUUGCCUGAAAUAUAUGAGGAUUAUGAUAACAAAGAUAUAUACAGAGGGCACCCAGCGUUUGGGGAGUUAGCGAAGCGACUGAGAUGGAUAAUCCUGGGUGUGAACAGGCACCAGAUAACGAACGUACCAAAUAUAUCAGAGAAGGGCUGGUUCCACUUCUGCAAUAAAACGUGGGAAUCGAUAAAGAAGUGUACAUUCUUCUUAGAAUAUGAAAGAUUUUUACCCUAG